AUGGAAUCAAAGAUCUCGUUGAACGAUAACCCUCCCCCACCAUAUCAAUCUACCGUAUCACUCAACAGUCUCACCCAUUUACCUCCUUACCAAGCUUCCACAUCUACCUACAGACUCAGUCAAUCAGUAACUUCUGAUAAGAAAUCUAGAGAUUACUCGUGGAUACACAAUGAUGAAAUAUGGUCCAAUCUUAUACCCUUUUUACCUCCUUCAACAUUAUCAGCUUUAUCUCGAACCUGUAAAUCAGUAUAUCACCAUGUGAUCCCUCAUCUAUGGAAGGUAUAUAGGAUCAAGUCGGAUGAUCAAUUAUGGACUUUACUUCAUUUGCUCGCAAUGGAACAUAAGAAUCGACAGAAGGGGUGGUUCAGUAAAGGUAAAGGCAAGUUGUCGAUAUUCAACAGAUCAAAUCGCCCUUCCUCUCUAUCACUAGAGAAUAGUCGUCUUAGAAUUCAAUCUUUAUCGAAUAUGAUCGUUUUGACCAUAUUCGAUAUCAUCCCUUCACCUAGCAUCUGCGUUCUCAUUCCAAUAUACAUAUCUCGUUCUUCCAAUCUUAUCAGUAUUGUCGAAGAGAAAGAUACUGUCGAGGAUGAAGGUGAAGGUGAAAGCGGACAAGUCUUAUUCCUGAAUGUCGACCAAAUUCAUUUCUCACCUAAAUUGAUCAAAGAAGUUGUGAAUAGCCGUUUCGGUUGGAGAAUGCUCCGGAAAAAUGAUUAUGAAUAUCAUCUUCAUUUACCUGAUGAUAUCAAAGGGAAAAUGCCAAAUAAAUAUAAUAUUCAUAUCAUACUUCCAAUUACUUUCGAUUUAGCCACUGAGGACAUAGAUCAAUUUCUAAAAGGAAGAAAUCAUUUCAUUCAUUUACCUAAAGAAUGGUUCAAUAUCUCCUCGACAUUUGCACCUUCAUCUUAUAAUCAGGGAAAAUACGAAGACGAAUCCGAAGACGAAGACCAAGACGAAAGCGAAGAUGACGAUAACAACGAAAGAUCAACGUUCAUUCGACAUCUUACCCAUUUCUUGGAAGAGAUCAUACAUGCUGAUGCAUUGAUGAAUCAUCAUUGUGUUAGUAAGAUGGAUCAUGAUCAUUAUCGAUUGGACUGCAGGACUAAGUGGAUUGUGAGAUAUCCCCAUGUCGGACAAGGAGUCAUUGAAGAGGUGAAGAACAAUCUGUUGGAUAUGGUGAAUAGAGGUAAAUUUGAGAGACUUGCAAGGGAUGGAAUAUUCGUGGUGGAUCAGGAUGAGGAGAGUAGGGUUGACUUCAAAGAUAAUAAGAAGAUAGGAGGAAUAGGAGUGUAUUCGAUGACAAAGAAGGGUGAAUCCGGGGGAAAUGUAAAAAGUAAAGUCGAGUUGUGGUUUAUGAGAUUGGAGAACAAUAAGUGUCUCGUCUCGAAUCAUACUAAGUAG